AACAAAGCUGCCAUCUUUACACAUGGCAGAAACCAGCGAAGACAUAGGAUCGCCCGAGAGGAAGCGAGACAAGUUUGGACAGUUUCUGCAAAAGAGCUACAAUAAAGGCGAAAUAGCUCUCAAGCAUGCCAUCGGCCUGGGUGCUACUGAAAACGCAAUCCCAGUCUCGCAGCCGUUUACAAAUGGACCUCCACGGACGGUCGAAGUAGGAUGGCAUCCAGUCGGCGGAUUCGCUGGCAAGUGGUUCGCUGAGAAGACGGGGUUGGGUAAGAUGAUCACAGAGAAAAUCAACAAGUAUCCAGAUCCCACGCAGCAUUGGGCAGUGCUCGUCGGGGAAUACGCACACCAGCUAUGGAUGGACGAGAACUUCGACAUCAUAUACACGAAUGCCAAGGUCGACCCAAUAGAAUGGCAGACGUUUCCAGUGGGAGAAACGAGAUUCAAUGAUGAUGCUCUCAGGAGAACUGGUGAAGCUGUCAUUCAUAACAUUCGAGUCACGCGUCCUGGUUACAAUCUCAUUAGCAACAACUGUCAGACAUACGUCCUACAACUACUCGACGCUAUCCAGGUUUCGCAAGACAAGGAGUUUGGCACCACUCUGGCCGUCUAUGAGAGGCUCUUCGGCUCCGGAAAAGUCGCCGACCUCUUCCCCGAGAACGACACAACUAUGCACGAGCCCGGCCAGCUCGAUUUCUCUCCACCUCAUUCAGCGCUAGAAUUGGGUGUGGUCGGAGGCACCGGUGGUGAAGGGCACGUGCCGUUCCACCGUCCGGAGGAUGUGCUUUACAAUGAUCAAACCGGGUCGGGCACUGCGCCGCAGACCUCUGUAGCAUUUGCACAGCAGGUGAUGGAUGCGAAUACAACUCAGCUAGAUACAGAAGAAGAAUCAAAGAGACAUUUGAUGGAAGAGGACCAUGCAGAGAAAGAAAAGGGUGGUAGCUGGGGUGAGAAGACCAGUUCGUUCUUUCGGAAGUGGAAGAAAUAGUCAUUUGUUCCAUUUUUCAAUACCAUUUCAUCAAGAGGCCGGUACGGUCAGAUUCCGAUUGUGACUUCACCGUUUGGAACGAAAUUCUCGUUACUGGAGACCUCAGCGAAUCCUCGAAAUUAGUAAACAAUUCGA